ACAUGGCGAUGCACAACAAGGCGGCUCCGCCGCAGAUCCCCGACACCCGGCGGGAGCUGGCGGAGCUCGUGAAGCGGAAGCAGGAGCUGGCGGAGACACUGGCAAACUUGGAGAGACAGAUCUAUGCUUUUGAAGGAAGCUACCUAGAAGACACUCAGAUGUAUGGCAAUAUUAUUCAUGGCUGGGAUCGGUAUCUGACCAACCAAAAAAAUUCCAAUAGCAAAAAUGACCGAAGGAACCGGAAGUUUAAGGAAGCUGAGCGGCUCUUCAGUAAAUCUUCAGUUACUUCGGCAGCUGCAGUAAGUGCAUUGGCAGGAGUUCAGGACCAGCUCAUUGAAAAGAGGGAACCAGGAAGUGGGACGGAAAGUGAUACUUCUCCGGACUUCCACAAUCAGGAAAAUGAGCCCAGCCAGGAGGACCCUGAGGAUCUGGAUGGAUCUGUUCAGGGAGUGAAACCUCAGAAGGCUGCUUCUUCCACUUCCUCAGGGAGUCAUCAUAGCAGCCAUAAAAAACGAAAGAAUAAAAACCGACACAGGUCAGUGGCAGGGACCCCACCCCCACAGCUCCGAUGACUGUCGGUGUAAAGGGACUGUCCUGGAAUGAAAACACUUCAGGAUGGACAGAAAUUCCUUUGCUCCAAAUGAAACCAGCUAAUGUUUUAAGGGAGGAGUUGGUGGGCAGUAAAGUCCGCCUGAAGGAGGACUUCAGGACAUCCUUCCACUGUUGCUAGUGCAGAACCCUAACCCUGACCCCAAGAACAUUGUUUAAUGUUGUGAAUUUGGAAUCCUUUCAGAAGAGAAAAAGGGGAAAUAGAAAUGGAAUCUGUGUAAUAGUAUUGCUAAAUGACACUAGUGUAUAUUGGGUAAAGUGGGAUAGUCUUUUGCUCUUACUCCUGACCCCUGCCUACUCUUAUGAGAAUUGAUUUAAUGUGCCUUUAAAAAA